AUGGCAAUAGAGGAAUGGAGAGGAAUAAAAGGAAUGAUGGUAGUGAGUUUCGAUACACGAAUGUGGUUACCACUUGUAGUAUUUACAGCACUCAGUUACAUUAGAGAUUUUUGCUCAAUUUACUCAAUUGCUGGUGGGGCAGCUUUGACUUUAAUUGCAAAGAUCUUAAAACACAUAAUUCGGCAACCUCGUCCUAUUAGCCCUAUAAGUCCAAAUAAUCAUGCUAACAUUAAAUCAAAAAAUUCCACUAUAAAAAAAAGAAAAUCAUAUGGAAUGCCAUCUGCUCAUUCAUCAAUCACAAUUUAUUUCGCAACAUUUAUAUCUUUACAAUUAUUUUCUUCGUCAUUACCAUACUUUACAAAAUUAUUAUCAAGUAUAAUAAUUUCAAUUACUGCAUUAUCAGUCGUAUGGUCAAGAGUUAAGUUAGGUCAUCAUACUAAAAGUCAAGUGAUAGCAGGAGUAAUUUUAGGUUUUAGUUUUGGAUUAAUAUGGGAUAUUUGGUGGUGGAAAGAAUGGAAUUCUAGAUUAAUAAAAUUAAGAUUAGAUGGAAAAUUGGGAUGGGAUGAAAUUACCAUUUUAAUAAAUUUUAUAAAUAAUGGUUUAGUUAUAAAUUAA